UCUCCAGAUAGUCAUCCAUCACUUUCAACCAAGCUGUCAGGGCCGGCAGAUUUCGUUUCUGGGAGGCAGCCUUGCAGCUGGGGAGAGGGCGCGAACGUCAUCAUUAAUUAGAGGGUGGCCCUGGGGCGAUUCGCAGGUCUGAACCCAGGAAUCUUUAGGAGCAAGUCUGCACAGCUCCGCGAUGAGCGGCUCUGCUGCUGGCGGAGCGCGAAAGGCUGGCCUGGCAGGCCAAAAGAAGUAGGGGCGAGCCAGGCUCUGGGAAGAUCGCGGCAUGAAAGCCCUGAGAAUUCGGGGUGCCCUGGUACACCAAACUCCGCGCACAGACCGCUCAUCUCCGCUUUGACCUCGGGGCAAUAUCUCAGGGCCCAGAUUAGCGCAAGAAGUCUUGAGAGGCUACUGGGCCUCUCUCGCAGAGCACCUUACACUCCGGGCUAGAAGCUAUGUGAAGCAGACCAAAGGGUGCCAGGACUAGGCGCCCAACGCCCCUUUCCCUGCACCUAACCCUGCUGCUCCCUAGGAUCAAGGAGCCUACGGGAAGAGCCCCGGGCCUAGUUUGGAAAUGUGCUCUUCCCAGCGAGCAGCGGCGUCUGGCAGUCUCUGUCUUAGCCUUGGGAUGCGGAAGGCCACAGAGGGCGACCAGAAGAGGGAGGGGAGAGGAAAUGAAGUGAAGCCAGACGGAGCAGUGGCAUGACCUGGAGUGAAGGGGGAGGGGCAGUUUCCAGGGACAGUGAGCUGCCCAGAAUGGCACACUCAACCGAGCCUAGGAUCCUACAACUCCGGAGCAGUGCCCACGCUGUGCACAGGACCCCAACGGCCCCUCAGACCUUCUUAGGCCGCACCCGCCAUGUCCUACCCGCAGUUUGGAUACCCCUAUUCCUCUGCUCCUCAGUUCCUGAUGACCACCAACUCCCUGAGCACGUGCUGCGAGUCGGGCGGCCGCACACUGGCUGAUUCCGGGCCUGCAGCCUCGGCACAGGCGCCCGUCUACUGCCCUGUCUACGAGAGCCGGCUGCUGGCCACUGCACGCCACGAACUCAAUUCUGCCGCCGCGCUCGGCGUCUACGGGAGCCCCUAUGGCAGCUCGCAGGGCUAUGGCAACUACGUGACCUAUGGCUCUGAGGCAUCUGCUUUCUACUCUCUGAACAGCUUCGAGUCCAAGGAUGGCACAGGAUCUUCACACGCCGGCCUACCACCCACUGCAGCUGCAGCCUACUACCCGUAUGAGCCAGCUCUGAGCCAGUACCCAUAUGACAGGUACGGGACCGUGGACAGCGGCACGCGGCGCAAGAAUGCCACCCGGGAGACCACCAGCACACUGAAGGCCUGGCUGCAGGAGCACCGGAAGAACCCGUACCCCACCAAAGGAGAGAAGAUCAUGCUGGCCAUCAUCACCAAGAUGACCCUCACACAGGUUUCCACCUGGUUUGCCAACGCACGUCGGCGCCUCAAGAAGGAGAACAAGAUGACCUGGCCACCUAGAAAUAAAUGUGCAGAUGAGAAGCGCCCCUAUGGGGAGGGGGAGGAGGAGGAGGCUGGAGAGGAGGAGUCACGGGAGGAGCCUCUCAAGAGUGCCAAGAGCGAAGGUCAUGCUGGCAAAGACGACAAGGAGCUAGAACUCAGUGACUUGGAAGACUUCGACCCUCUAGAUGCAGAGACCUCAGAAUGUGAGCUGAAGACGCCCUUCCAGUCCCUGGAUAGUGGACCAGAGAGGAUUCCUGCUUCAUCUGAUGGUCCCGGCACAGGCAAGGAGGCCUCCACCACACUCCGGAUGCCCCUGGGCACCGCUGGUGGAGCUGUUAUGGAUGGGGAUCUGGAGAGGGCAAGGAACUGCCUCCGGAGCACAGUGGUCGUUCCUGACUCUGGCGCCGAGGGCGGCCCACCUGCUUGCGAAGCCAAACUGACCUUUGCUCAGGCGGGAGCGCCGCCGAACCUGGAGACCAAGCCCCGCAUCUGGUCCUUGGCACACACAGCCACCGCUGCUGCAGCCACAGCUCUGAGCCAGACUGAGUUUCCCUCCUGCAUGCUGAAACGCCAAGGUCCAACGGGUGUAUCUGCGACGACGCCAGCGUCCUCACCUGCAGUCACGGCCCCUUCUGGGGCUCUGGAUAGGCACCAGGACUCCCCAGUAACUAGCCUCAGAAACUGGGUGGAUGGGGUAUUUCACGAUCCCAUCCUUAGACACAGCACUUUGAACCAGGCCUGGGCCACCGCUAAGGGCGCACUUCUGGAUCCCGGCCCUCUAGGACGCAAUCUGGGGGCGGGUACUAACGUACUGACGACGCCCCUUGCUUGCUCCUUCCCGCCCACGGUGCCCCAAGACGUCCCACCUGCAGGGGCCUCCCGGGAGCUGCUGGCUACGCCCAAGGCCGGUGGCAAACCCUUCUGCACUUAACACCCACCUGCACAGUGGAGAAGGGAACUGGCGCUCAGGCUGCAGGCGCUGACUCUGAACUGCUUUAAAUGGGUUUCCAAAAGAAGGGGGAAUUUCCAAGCCAAGAUUGCCAACCCACUUGAGACAGAGGAUUUGAACUCAACCUCCAGGGCUAUGGAGGAACUCCUCGCGUUCUAUCACCAGGUUUUACCUGAUGUUGCGUCCACCUGAGCCAUCCCUUAACUCCAGGAAGAUGAGAAGACCGGAGAGCACAGCCGAUGGGAGGCCCCCUGAAGCAUAAAGUUUACGUCCAAAGUUUACAUGGAGAAGGCAUUUGGGUACUGAGGCUUGUUUUGUGUCGCUGUCUCCUUCUGGGUUUGAGGCAUGCCGGUGUUCGUGCGAAGAGUCUUCAGCCCGUUUUUCUUCGGACUUCAUCCUCAGCACGUAGAGCUCACCGCCAACACUUCCACCGAGUUUACACUGUUGCACACUCUUGACUCGACAAAAUUAUGUUUUCUAAAAUGUAUAUUCACACCAGUAAUUGCCUGUUUCAGAGGGAGGCUAAUAUAACAAAACUAAUAAAUUUUCGUGUUUGCAUUGCGGAAGGAA